GAGGCCUGUAGGCCGCGGAGGGGCCAAGAUGUCGGACCUGGCGGACUGGAUCGGCGGCAUCCCGCUGCUCACGCGCUACUGGUUCUUCCUCACCGUCGGGUUCACCGUCGUCGGCAAGAUCGGCUUGGUCAGCCCCUAUUAUCUCGUCCUCUUGUCCGACCCCUUCUUCAAACAGUUCCAGAUCUGGAGGCCGAUCAGCGCAAUGUUGUUUUACCCGGUCAACCCCAUGACUGGGUUUCAUUAUCUGGUGAAUUUAUAUUUUUUGUAUCAGUAUUCAUCACGUCUAGAAACAGGUUUGUUCGACGGACGGCCAGCCGACUACCUGUUCCUGCUUCUCUUUAACUGGAUCUGCAUAGCUGAUUCCAGCUUGGCUUCAAAUUUAGGUGUUCUGAUGGUUGCAGGGGUCAUGUCCGUGAUUUACAUUUGGGCCCAGGCAAAUAAAGAUGUGACCGUAUCGUUUUUGUUUGGGACACAGUUUAAGGCGUUCUAUUUACCAUGGGUUAUCCUGUUGUUCAACCUGAUCGUUUCGGGCGCUUUCAUUGAAGAGCUGAUCGGCAAUCUGGUUGGCCAUCUGUUUUUUUUCUUAAUGUACAAAUAUCCACUAGACUUGGGAGGAAGAAGUUUCCUGUCAACACCUCAGAUUCUGUACCGCUGGCUGCCCAACAGGAGAGGAGGAGUAUCGGGAUUUGGCGUUCCACCUGCCAGUUGGCGCAGACCAGCAGAAGACCAACCGGGUGGUGGAAGGCACAAUUGGGGCCGGGGCUUUCGACUGGGUGAGCAAUGAAAGAGAAACCCACCUCUGCUGCUUUGACGCCCCCACCCUCGAGGAACAUUUUCAAUCACACACGGAAAGGACUAGUACUGGGAGACGUCCACGAGGCCAGGCAAGCUCCAGUGCUGUUGAGUCUGGCCUAUAAAGGAUUUUUUAAUUUUUGGUUCCUGGUGGGAGAUGACGUAACUGAGCACGCGAGCGAGAUUUGAUUCAACUCAAUGCUACUAUUAAAAACGACGCCUCUCCGGACAUUUUACUAUUUACUAGCACGGUGUCCUAUCUCAUACCUGUCUUUAGGCGGUAGCUGUUCUUUCAGGCCUCUUCUUUCUCAGCCGAGAGGUCGACAGAGUCCUGUCAGAAUCUUCCAGAGUCAGAGUUCUGUCAGAAUCUACCAGAGUCCUAACAGAAAGACUGUUUUCCAGUGAUAGUUAGCCUUUAUUUGUUGGUAAAACCUUCCUUCGUGGGUAUCUGCUGAUUCCACCAGUCUCGGUUUUUGAUAGGGAAGGAUGGCUGAUUCAAUCCACUGAAACGAGGGUCGAGGCAAACAGGGAGGGGAGGCUCACUUACCUACUGAAAGCAGCCGUCCAGAGGUGCUUCUGCUGCGCCCCUGCCCAGUAGAAGCCUCGAUACACUCCUGUGCUCCAGUCCUUGCAUGCUUAACUGGGAAUCGGGCUCAUCUAACUCGGUGAGAUUGCUGAGGAAGCAAUUGUGCUGGCGAUCCCCCUGUUGGGUUGCCCAUCAGUGUGUUUCCCAGUGGCUGCUCGCUUCUUGGGGAUGAAAUCUCGACAACUUGGAACGGAAAAGGCAAGGAUUCGAGGUUGCUUCCUCCCAGCUUGAGUGAUUGGCAACUCUCUGAGCUCAUUCCCAUUGGGCAGGUCACAGACUCAGAUGUCUCUUCUUGCAUCUCUGCGUUUGGAAAUCUCGCCCUGUGGCCACAUGGGGAGCAGACGGCCCUUUUCCUUGGAAACGGAUAUCUCUUAUCCCAAAACGUAGAGGUGAGACUGGCUCUUUCUCCACCUCUUUAUCACGGGAGGCACAUGAGAAGAGUCCAGGAGGCAUUGCAGGACACUUGGUUUGGAACUUGCCACCCAUUAGCACUUGGCCUUGUCCCCGUGGCUGCCAUUGUUCUGUACUCCCAGCCCUAUAUGCCUACACCAGGGGUGUGCAACCUACGGCUCUUCAGAUGUUCAGAGGCUGAUGGGAAUUGUAGUCCAUGAACAUCUGGAGAGCCGCAGGUUGCAGACCCCUGGCCUACACCCUCAGUAUAGUUGCGCCCUCCUCGAUUGGGCGACAAGGCUCUGAAACUGCGGUAGUAACCAUUCUGGGUUUGUGUUUUGCCUGUGAAUUCCAGCAGGUAAGAUCUGCACAUCGUUUUUCAGGAUUUACAGCAGGUCAAACUUGGUUAGGUAGAGUGCAGCCGGUACAAUGGCUUUUACUGAAAAGUUUAGUAACAUCAGGUCAUCGGAAUCAGGUUAUAGGCUUAUGAUGCAAAAUCCCUUCCCCCCAGUAAUUGAAAUCCUGAAAAUAGACUUGGAUGCGCAAGAAUAUUCAACGGCAACCUUUAUUGCAGAAUAAGGUUUUUAAUUUCAUUAGAUUAAAUUGGUAUUGUAUCGCUAUCACGUGUGGAACAUUCGCCCAUUUUCUAGUGAGGUAGUGGUGGAGAUCUUCAUCAGUACAACCUAAAGAUGCUUAGGUCUCUCUGUUCCUCUUGCCUUCUUUUUUUAAAAAAAUAUGUAACCAUUAGUCAAGAUGGCCAGAUGUGCCAAUUCAGACCUGGGUUCUCUCCCCCCCCCCCCCGCAAAAUCACCAGUUGGAUGUGUCUGUUUUCCCGCCUGCAAAAAUGGGCAUGUUUCCUGCACUACUAAUGCACAUCUCCCCCCCUCCCCCCCCCCCCCCCGAUAGUGCUGCAAAAAUGGGAAAUGCAAGUUAGAUAAAAAGUUUUGGUUUCAGUACUGAAAUUUUUCAGGCUCUUCAAAAUCUGGGUUAAAUCUGGCCCGUUUUUCAGGAACAAUGGAUCCCCUUUGACCCUUGAAAAUGGGGGUCCGGCCAUGGGGUAAGGAAGAGAGGAUUGGGAAGGACAUAAUAAAAAGAGCUGGCUGGAUCCAUCCCUGUAUUGGCUGCUUAAACUGGGAAGAAGUAGCGCCGCACUUGCUUUGUUUUCAUUCACCUGGGACUAGAUCCAACAGAGUAUGUUUGUGGUAAUCCCAAUCUAUUGCGAUGGCUCCUGCUUAUUGAAGGAACAUGGAACUCUUGUCAAUACUUUGCCUUUUGGAGAAAGAUGAGGAUUAAGAAAUCGUUUUAGCACUUUCUUGCCUUGGUAUUUAUUGGUAUUUAUCUUUUGAAGAAGAUGGCAGAGUCCCCAAGGCCCAGAACAUACUAUACCUCUCCUUGCCCUUUUUGGUUUGUAGAAUAUGGAAAGCUCCAAUCCUGCAGUUAAUGGUCACGAAACAGGGUAUCCAAAGAAGGGGCGAGAAUUGUGCACGUACAGGAGACAAGCCACUUCUAAAACUGAACUGCAGCGUUGGCUCUUCUGCACCCAAGCCAGAAAGAAACAUUUUGGCUGUGUGUGUGCACAGUCCCUAUGAGUAUACCUCCCCUUCCGGAACCCAGUUCAAGAAGCGGAUAUUGUGACUGUUUGAUUGUCCAAAAAUUCAGUGCUUGUAAUGAUUUGAGUUCUGCCAACUGUGCGUUACGGAAAGAUCUUAAUCUGUAUAGUGGGUGAUAUUGUCAGCCAUUCUGUACAAAGUACAAUUUCCCACCCAUGAAGCUCAAAACGAUGGUUUACAGAUUUGCAAAAGGUAUAACCUUUGCAUCGAACUGUUGCAGAACAUAAGCAAGGCAUUGCAGGAUUGACGACGCCACCUUGUAGAAAACUAGCAGCUUGGAAAGAAGCUGAGGCUAGAACCGUUCUCUCUCUCUCUCUCCUGCUAACUUUCUGCAAGUAGGUUUCUU